AUGGACUACCAAUCCAUUAAUGCAGGGCCUGUGAAGAAAUUAAACUGGUUGGAUCUUCCACAUGACCUGACUUUGAUGAUCAUUGGAAAACUUACGACAUUUGAGAUCUUAACUAGUACUCAGUUCGUGUGCCCCAAAUGGCAACGCAUCUGCAUGGAUCCGCUCUUGUGGCGCACCAUCAGCAUGUGCCAUAUUGGGAUUCGCAAUUCAGUGGACUAUAAAUUGGAGAAGAUGUGCCGCCAUGCAAUUGAUCGUAGUUGUGGCCAGUUGAUAGAUAUAAGUAUUGAGUACUUUGACAAAGGAUUAUGUGAGAUUGCUGAAAAACUUCCAUUGUUGGAGGAACUUGAUAUUACUCUUUGUUCCCGUGUCUCUAGUAUUGCUAUAGAAGCAAUUGGCCGAGGUUGUCCUCUUCUAAAAUCAUUCAAGUAUAAUAACAAUGGUGGCGAUAACGAAGAAGCAUUGGCUAUUGCACAAAAUAUGUCCAACUUACACCAUCUCCAACUUGUUAGAAACUACUUCGACAAUAGUGGCUUGAGCGCCAUUCUUGAUGGUUGCCCUCAUCUUGAAUCUCUUGAUUUACGCUUGUGUCACGAUGUCGAGUUGGAGGGGGAAUUGAGGACAAGAUGUGAUGAACAAUUAAAAGAUUUGAGGGAUCUGAAUGCACCUCUUGAUGACUUUAAAUUUUGUGGACUAUGCUUUGAAAUUGCAUACGAUGAUGCAGUAUUUGACUAUCUAAACGAGAAGCGGGUUCAAGAACAAGAAUACUCUGAGAUCGCAUCUGAUGAUACAAUAUAUGAGUAUCAAGAAAAAGAAAAUUUGGAUGAAGCAGAUUGGGAGGAGAAAUAUGCUAUAUGGGAAAGUAUCAAAAAUCCAAGAUUAUGCUCCCAGAAGAACUUCCCAAAAAGAAAUCCUAUCAACACCUUCAUGGAAGACCACCAAUCACCCUGCGGCUUCUUCCUCUCCCAUCUUCCACACCAGGUUCAACUCGUUGAGGUCAACGCCGCAGUAGUCGUUGAACUCGAGUAUCUCAAUAUAUGGCUUGGGAUGGCGAGGUGGGAGCUGGUAUGCAACAAAGAAGUUUAA